AUGCCUGCGCCAACCGCCCUCAAGGUGGUCGACGAUACCCCGCCAUCGACCGUCCCUCUGCCCGAAGCCAACGACGAAGAACUCCUUCUCGACGCCCCCGACCUCCCCGCCGAAGGCGACCUGAUUCUGCAAAAGGUUCCGAACGAUGAGCACACAGUCGACAUGAUCAUCGACGAGGAGAACCGCCCCCGCUUCGCUCCCGGCAACGACAUUUCCACCUCCAAAGAAGUCCAGACACGCAAGGUCCCCAUCCCGCCGCACCGCUUCACCCCUCUCAAGACCAACUGGAUCAACAUCUACACGCCCCUCGUCGACCACCUCAAGCUCCAGGUCCGCAUGAACCCGCGCCGCAAGUCCGUCGAGCUCCGCACCUCCAAGCACACCCUCGACGACAGCGCCCUGCAAAAGGGCGAGGACUUUGUCCGCGCCUUCACCCUCGGCUUCGACGUCGACGACGCCAUUGCCCUGCUGCGUCUCGACGACCUCUACAUCGAGACCUUUGAGAUCAAGGACGUCAGGCAGGUCAUGGGCGACAAUGCCCAAACAAGAGCCGUCGCACGCAUCGCCGGUUCCGGCGGCAAGGUCAAGUUUGCCAUUGAAAACGCCUCGCGCACGCGCAUCGUCCUCGCCGACACACGCAUCCACAUCCUCGGCUCAUUCAAGAACAUCGCGCUGGCCCGCGAGUCGAUCGUCUCGCUCAUCCUCGGCAAGCCGCCCUCCAAAGUCUACGGCAACCUACGGACCGUCGCGGCGCGGAUGAAGGAGCGUUUCUAG